AUGUCCAACUAUCUCUCAGGCUUCUCCAGUCGCGUGGCCAAUCUUCGACAGAAUCUUCUCGCGACUGAAAGUGAUGGCCAGACGGUCCAUGAGACCAACAUUGCGCGUGUUCUACGAGGCUACUAUACCGAACAAGGUCGAGGGUUCAAACCCCAGGGUACGAGGGCAAUAGUUGAAACAGACCAGCGUACAGGAAAGGAGCAUACACGAGUGGUUGUGGAUGAUGAGAAGACCAGAAGGCUUGCGAUAUUUACAGAUGAACCGCAGCAAGCUGCAUACGUCCCUACAAAUGUGGCAAGUCCAUAUGGCAACAUCCAGCAGCGCCCAGGAGCAGCAAGAUCAACCAGCGACGAACCACAAAGACCAAUGUUUUCCAGCCCCAACCCAAACGUUGCAUCGCAAGCAGCAGUUGGAUCCACUACCGCAAGAAGACUGGGAGACAAAUUUGCCAAACAAAAUCGCCAGCCCAGAAAUGCCGCAGCUCCAAAUCUACCCGACGUGAGAUCCAACUCGUUGGAUAACACAUCCAACUACAAUAACCAACCCACUUACAACCAACCUACUUACAACCAACCCACUUACGACCAACCCAAUAGACCAUACCCUGGCGCUUCGCAGCAACAGUACAACCAACCCAACGACUUUGGAGGCGGAUACAAUGCCCCUCCAGCAAACAACUAUGGCCCCCCAAAGAACGCUGGUGCUCGAAGACCGGCGGGAGGACUCCCUAUGGGUCCCAAAGCGGGUUUACCAUCUGGGGGCCCUAGAGGUAAUCGCAUGGGACGUUGA